AUGGGGCGCCACGGCAUCCGCUUCCGCCAGUUCAGGCACCGGAGAGUAGACGACAAUGGUCUUGCAACAGCUGAUGGACCUCAGAGGACAGUCACCGACGUGACGGACCACUUGGCUUUGGCGAGGGACACCCCAGGCAGACAACUUGUCCACCUCGAGACGACGACAGUCCACGUGAGUCCGAGAUUCACGGAGGUUACGAGUGAUAUUGCCACCAAAACGGUACUGAUAACCGGGGCGAGCAGAGGCAUCGGACUCGCCUUUGUGAAGCAUUAUCUGAAGGAGGGCUGGAAUGUCAUCGCGGCGGUGCGAGCAGUGGACAAGGCCAAGGAGCAGUUGAAAGGAUUAAAGGUGUGGAACGUGGUGCAGGUGGAUGUGGCGGAGCAAAAGUCCAUUGAGGACAUGGCGAGGAAGCUGAAUGGCGUGUGUAUCGACCUGAUCAUUAACAAUGCGGGUACAACUGGGAUGCACAACCUGGAUGAGACCACGCCGGAGGACUGUGUGCGCCAGUUUCAGGUGAACGCGUUGGGACCGCUGCUUGUCACGCGCGCGUUGCUGCCUAAUCUGCAGUUGGCGGUGAGCGCGAGAGGGAGCGCUUUUGUGGCGCAAGUGACGUCGCGGAUUGGCAGCAUCUCGGAUAAUAGCUCGGGCGGAGCGUACGCACACCGCGCCUCGAAAGGCGCACUGAAUGUGUUCACGAAGAGCUUGGCGAUUGAUUUGGAGCCGCAGAACAUCGGAUGUCUGCUGCUCCACCCGGGCAACGUGAACACUGCGUAUUCCAACUUCAACGGAGCUGUGGAACCUGAAGAAAGUGUUGAAGGGAUGGCGAGGCUUAUUGCUCGUGCUAAGAUUGGAGACCCGUUGCAGCUUCUCCACUUUGGAAAGGGCGAUGUGAUCGACUGGUGAGCCC